AUGUCAUUCACAUUAUCUAUCUAUCUAUCUAUCUAUCUAUCUAUCUAUCUAUCUAUCUAUCUCAGUAUGUUCACUAUCUAUCUAUCUAUCUAUCUAUCUAUCUAUCUAUCUCAGUAUGUUCACUAUCUAUCUAUCUCUGUUCACUAUUUAUCUGUUCAUAUCUAUCUAUCUCUGUUCACUAUCUAUCUAUCUAUCUAUCUAUCUAUCUAUCUAUCUAUCUAUCUAUCUAUCUAUCUCUGUUCACUAUCUAUCUAUCUCUGUUCACUAUCUAUCUGUUCAUAUCUAUCAAUCUCUGUUCACUAUCUAUCUAUCUAUCUAUCUAUCUCUGUUCACUAUCUAUAUAUCUCUGUUCACUAUCUAUCUGUUCAUAUCUAUCUAUCUCUGUUCACUAUCUAUCUAACUAUCUAUCUAUCUAUCUCUUUUCAUAUCUAUCUGUUCAUCUGUUCAUAUCUAUCUAUCUAUCUAUCUAUCUAUCUAUCUAUCUAUCUCUGUUCACUAUCUAUCUAUCUCUGUUCACUAUCUAUCUGUUCAUAUCUAUCUAUCUCUAUGUUUGAUGUUGAUUUUCAGUCUCAUCUUGUCCUCUUCAUAGGUGACCUUGUGCCAGACUGUCUGUUCACUAUCUAUCUAUCUAUCUAUCUAAAUCUGUUCACUAUCUAUCUAUCUAUCUAUCUAUCUAUCUAUCUAUCUAUUGAAAUCUGUUCACUAUCUAUCUAUCUAUCUAUCUAUCUAUCUAUCUAUCUAUCUAUCUAUCCUGAUAACAGACAUAGAGACUGA